AUGCCAGACCAAACGGGACCAUCAACGGGUGACAAGCGCAAGUCUUCCGAAAACACCGCUCAGAAGCACAAGUUCUACAAGUAUCAAGGUCAAAAGAGAGGUGGUGGUGGGGGUCGAGGAAGAGGAGGUGGAAGAGGUGGUCGUGAUGGACCUAGACCAUCGAGGCAGCAUGAAGAUGGUCGACCCAAGUUGAACCCUUUAGGGAAGUACAAGGCAAGUCCGAUGCCAGAAAUGUUCACUUCACCUGGAAUCUGCGUAACGACAGUGAUGCACAAGGAACGAUCGGCUGAAGCUGAGUUGAUAGAAUACCUCGAGACGAUAGCAGACGAGCUAUAUCCAGAGACCAGCGAUUCAGAUGUCAAGCAAGAAGAGGACGCUGAUGAGUUGGAUUUUGAAGCUCAAUUGAAAAAGGACUUAGAAUCUAUGGAUCAGAGUAAGAAAUCUACACGAUUUCAGCUGUGCUCACAUGAUGUCAUAUGUGUCAUAUACAUCAAUGUCCUUCCACCACUAUCGCCCUACAAGUUAGUCCGACAUAUAAUGGAGCAAGCCGAAUCGUCCGCUAGAACGGGGCUAAAAUGGUGUAAACGUAUAAUUCCCGUUACAGGUAUUGCAGGGGCGACGAUCAAGCAACUUUCUGAGAUGUCCUCGAAAGUCGUUGAAGAAGGGUUCAAGACCGAGGAUAAUCGGUCUCUGAAGUUCGCAAUCGACACGAAUACCCGUCAAUCCGAUCGACUAGAUCGUAUGGACAUGAUUCAUACCGUUGCAGCAGAAAUAACAAACAUAAAUAUUGAACAUAAAGUGGAUUUGAAGAAUCCUGAUAAGACUGUACUGAUCGAGCUGUACAAAAAUUCCGUAGGUAUGGGGAUCGUAGAAGAUUACGAAAGGUUCAAAAAGUAUAAUCCAGGAAGUAUAGCUCUUGCAGCUUCUCAGAGCAAAUCGAGAUCCACUCAAUCUGAGCCAUCUCGUUCAACAGCUCAGCCAGAAGAAGAAACCCGAUCUAGCCCAUCGAGCAAAACUCCAAAACAUGUAUACAGGCAAAGACGAGCGGAAGCUAUCGGCGCGCUAUCGAAGGAUGAUCCAUCUGACAUAAAUCAAAAGGAGGAGGAAGAAGGAGAAGUUGAGACUACACAAGGUGAGGAAAAAGCUGAAAUUGGACAGAUACUUGAAGAUCCUAAGGGGGAUCUGGGAGAAGAAUGGGAAGAGACUAUCGUAGAUGGGAAGGUCGAAAGAGUCAGGAAAGAUGGACAAUAG